AUUAGGUUACUGAUACUGUUGAGUCUUACAUUACGUCAGUUGAUAAAUUUACAAAUAGACAAGUAGAGCUGUGAGGUAGAAAAAAAAUUCAUGGAUAAAAGUAAUGAUCUACCAUCUUAUGAACAAGUUAUAUUUGAGGACUUUUUAAGACUAAACGAUAAACCACCGCCGUAUAGUAAAUUAUUUGUGAACCACAGGAGAGAAGGAAAUUUUUCAUACUGUCUAAAACUAAUGAAAAUCAUUAGGCAAGGUAAAACUAAAAGAGAGAGAAUUUCACUAAGAUAGUUUACAUUUUCUCGUUUUUUAAUACUUGAUCUAUCUAAUUAUAUUUUCAAAGGUACUAAAGAAUUUCGAAAUGGUUUACGAAAAGGUUCUUUGUUUUCUAGACACUGAUACAAGAUUUAAACUUGAAAGUGUUGUUGAAAAAAUGGAGCUGCUCUUAAACUAUUUUGCUGUUUCUUCUAAAAUAUAAAUGUUGAUUUUAUAUUUGAAAUAAUGUAUUGUAUUAUAAUAAUACAUAAUAUAUACUCCACAUGUGUCUAAAUUUGAAGAUAUACAGUUGUGAGUGCGAGUAUUUCAGUACUAUUUGUAUAAAGAAAAUAAUGAUUAAAUAUAAACGUAGCGCUUAUAUUAACGAUUAUAUCAAAAUACUUAAUACAGUAUGGAUCUUGUUCGAUUGAUCUGUAGACGGAUUAAAUAGAAUUCCAUAUUUUGACUAUAGCUAAUGCCUCUCGCUAGUUUCCUGGGAGGUUGUUUAUGUUAUUCGUUUAUUAUUAUUAUGUGCUGCUUAUAUCAUUUUUACCUUUGAUUCUUUCAAAAUUUAAGUAACCUUUUUCUCUUUGAUUGAUUAGAUUGGAUAUAUUUAAAAAAAAAAACUGCAGUUAUGAGUCGGAAAGUGCCAUCAGCUCCUCCACCGACCUAUGAGGAAGCAAUUGGCAAUUCAUUGUUAAUCACCACCAGCGAGAAAUUAUAUAACGAUUUACCGUCAUACAAGGAUGCUUGUCCCGAGCAGAAAAAAGAAAAUUGUUGUAGGCAGAACAUUGAAAACAAAGAGAAAGAAAUUCAACGAAGUAAAAGUCUCAAGGAUUUAAAGAGAAAGAAGAGAAAAGUAAAGAUUAUAAACGCCGCAUUUUGGACGGGAUGGAUCUUAUGCUUUCCGUUGUUCAUUUGCCUAUAUUGCGCUCGAGAAAGUCCAACGGAAGACGAAAAUCUCAAUAGAGAGUGGUGUCUUCCUUGCUACUAUACAGGAGGAUUAGAAGAGGAAGAAGCAUAG